CUCAGUGCAAGUUCAGAGCAGAGAAAUGUACGAGUGCAACUUUCAGAGCCAUCAAUUUUCCUGAAGAGACAGAGAGUUGAGCCUGGAUAAUCAGAUUAUCAAAAAAAAAAAAAACCACACAACAAGAGGAUUCUGAGUUUGGGAUAAAUACAUUAAAAAUAAAAAAAAUUAAACAAGCUGGACUAUUAUCAACUUUGGGACUUGUUUUAUUUUGCACACAGUUGCAAGAGAGGAAAAAGAGAAGAGAUCUGAGAGAUCUGAGAGAGAAGCAGACACACAGGCCGGUCCUGAUGGCAGGCUCUCGGGGCUCAGCCAGCACUGGACACUGGCUUUAGGAGCCCACGAGACGUUCACUUCAACCAGGAACAUUUCACAGCUCGUGUGCCCAUGAGGUCGUCGACGCCGGUCCUGCUCUUCCUGAUCAGCGUCCAGGCUGCACUCAAUACGGUGGGAAAUGCCCACUCACAGGAACCAGCCAAUCAGAACGCAGGAACCCAGGACUCGACCCACGAUGACCUCAUCCCCACAGUUGACCCCAAACUGUUCAACAAGCAGCGUUACCGAUCACCUCGUGUGCUCUUCAGCGACGUAGUGCCCUCCGAAGGCCAUUCAGAGCCUCGGAGUCCGCGAACACGGCGGAGAGUGCGUGAAUUCCAGAACCGUGGUGAAUAUUCGGCCUGCGACAGCGAGAAUCGCUGGGUGGGAAACAUGACCCAUGCUACAGACUUAAGGGGACAAGAAGUGAUGGUGCUACCUGAUGUUCGCAUCAACAACGUGGUCAAGAAGCAGAUGUUUUAUGAAACCACGUGCCGCGUCACAAACCAUGGCCCCACCCACAAUGGGAUGAAGGCGGGAACAACGGGGUGCCGUGGGAUCGAUAACAAGCGCUGGAACUCCUAUUGCACCAACACACACACAUAUGUUCGUGCGCUAACAUCUUUCAAGAAUCAGAUCACCUGGAGGUUCAUCCGAAUUAACGCCGCAUGUGUGUGCGUGGUCAGUCGAAAAUCAUGGAAGCACUGAUUCACAAGUCAUUUCACCUGUUUUCUGAGUGAAUCAAUGAAUUGAAUUGUUGAAGUAUUGAUUCAUGAUCUGACUUACUCGUUUUCUCAAAGAGUAAAUCAAGUGAAUUGGUUCAUGAUGAUACUAAUUCAUGAUUCGGUUUGCCAGUUAUUCAAGUGCAUCAGUGAAUCAAAUUGACGUAGUAUUGGCUCACUGAUACACUCAAGUCAACAAGUAAUUUGAAUCAUAGAAAUUAUUCGAUUCACUCGUUAUUCGACUCACAAGUCUGUCAAAUGGAUAGAACGGCGGAAGUACUAAUUAAUGAUUCUGUUCACUUGUUUUCUUAAGUGAAUCAACGAAUCAAAUUGUGGAAGCACUGAUUCGUGAUCUGAUUCACUAAAUGAAUCAAGUGAAGCAAAAUAAUAGAGCAAAUCAAACCAUGUCUGUGCUUCCAGAGAAAGCUAUUUCAACAAAUUUUUCUCUGGAUGCGCUGAUUUGUUUUGAUUGUUUGUCUAAACCUCCACCCACUCAUCCACUUCUCCGGAAAACAACGUCGUACUGCCAAUUCAGCAUACCAGACUUCUUCCCCCUUUUCCUACAACACCCCAACCCUGUCCUACCCUACCUCACACUGUAAAUUAUUGGUCUGUUAAGUUAUGAUGACUGCAUGACAUAUUUAUAUAGUUUAUACAGGCAAAAAAUAUUAAAUAUGUAUGUGUAUAUACAGUAUACAUCCAGAAAGCAAGCAUAUGUUGUGUCAUUGUUGUUGUUCAUGCUGUUAUUUAUUAAACACGUCAGUACUUCAGAGCAUGACUUCUUCUUUACGUCAAACAACUUUUAUACACAGGAAUGAAAUGUUGUUUCUUCAGAACCAUGGCGCAACACACAUCAUCACACCAUCACACUAUACACGACUACUAUACACGAAUGCAAAUACACAUCAGUGUAGGACGAGUGCAAAAAAAAGAUGCAAUAAAAGCACAGAACAGUGCAUGCUAACUAGACAUGGUGACAGAAAAAUAUUCUGCUGUGUUGAUAAUUAGCAAUAGAGACAAAUUAGCAUAUAACCUUUUAAUUUUUAGGUCUUCAUAUCACAAUAAUUACUCUUUUAUCACCCUUAAACAUGGUGAAGUGGUAUAACAUGGCCUUCACACUUGAUUGAAAUGCUAGCUUGUUAAGCUUAGCGUGCUAAAUAAGCUAGCAGGAUUAUGUUUAGCUUUAUGUAAAAACCUAGCUAGUUAAUAGCCCCAUUAAAUGAAGCAU